AUGCCACUUAAACAUUUGACGUGGCUCAAACCUGAUAUUGAGGUCUUGGGGUGCUCAUUCUGUAUAACUAGUACAAUGGGGAGGACAUUUUUUGUCCUUUUGGCACUCUCUGUCACUUUGGCAUUUUGGGGUGUUUUUCCUGUGAAGGCUGAGGAUGCUUACAGAUUCUAUACAUGGACUGUCACUUAUGGAACAGCUUCUCCACUUGGUGUUCCUCAACAGGUCAUUCUCAUCAAUGGUCAAUUUCCUGGUCCUAGACUUGAUGUUGUGACAAAUGAUAAUAUAAUCCUCAAUCUCAUCAAUAAGUUGGACCAGCCUUUCCUCUUGACAUGGAACGGAAUCAAGCAGCGGAAGAACUCUUGGCAAGACGGGGUUUAUGGGACAAAUUGCCCGAUUCCUCCAAACUCAAACUACACAUACAAAUUUCAAACAAAGGAUCAAAUUGGAACCUACACAUAUUUCCCAUCAACUCUUAUGCACAGAGCUGCUGGAGGUUAUGGAGCACUCAAUGUCUACCAAAGAUCAGUCAUUGCAGUUCCAUAUGCCAAACCUGCUGGAGAUUUUAGUUUGCUUAUUGGUGAUUGGUACAAGCCUAACCAUAAGGCUUUGCAGCAAACACUUGAUUCAGGGAAACCCCUGCCUUUCCCUGAUGGCAUCCUCAUAAAUGGUCAGACUCAGUUUUCCUUCAGCGGAGAUCAAGGUAAAACAUACAUGUUCAGGGUUUCAAACAUGGGCUUGUCAACCUCCUUUAAUUUCAGAAUUCAAGGACAUCAAAUGAAAUUAGUCGAAGUGGAAGGAUCUAAUGUCAUGCAGAAUAUCUACGAUUCUCUUGAUGUUCAUGUUGGUCAAUCUGUGGCUGUCCUGGUCACCCUAGAUCAGCCUCCGAAAGACUACUAUAUUGUUGCAUCGACAAGGUUCACAAGGAAAGUUCUUACUGUCACAGCCGUGUUGCACUAUACAAACUCUCGCAGUCCAGUUUCUGGACCAGUGCCUUCUGGUCCAACUUACCAAUUGCACUGGUCUAUGCGGCAAGCUAGAACCUACAGAUGGAACUUGACAUCAAAUGCAGCCAGACCAAACCCUCAAGGUUCUUUCCACUACGGAAAAAUAACACCAUCAAGAACUAUUAUUCUGACUAAUUCAGCUUCUAUUAUCAAUGGCAAGCAGAGAUAUGCCGUGAACAGAGUCUCUCACAUCAAUGCUGACACGCCUCUGAAGCUUGCUGAUUAUUUCAAAAUUCCUGGUGUUUUCAGCCUGAGUUCCAUCCAGAGUUCCCCCUCUGAUGGUCCUCCAUACCUAGCUACAUCUGUAAUGCCAGCUUCUCUCCACGAAUUUAUCGAAGUCGUUUUCCAGAAUAAUGAGAACACCAUGCAGUCAUGGCAUCUUGAUGGCUAUGAUUUCUGGGUUGUAGGAUUCGGGUCGGGACAGUGGAUUAAAGACAGCAGAAGGAAAUACAAUCUUCACGACGCUCUCACCAGACACACAACACAGGUUUAUCCUAAUUCAUGGACUGCUAUAUUAGUGUCCUUGGAUAACCAAGGUAUGUGGAACAUGAGGUCUGCAAUGUGGGAGAGACAAUACCUGGGACAGCAAUUCUAUCUGAGAGUGUUUAAUCCAAUUCCUAGUCUUGCAAAUGAAUAUGAUAUACCUCCUAAUGCUUUACUCUGUGGCAAAGCUGUUGGACGACAUUCUUAA